AUGCCGCUAACCCACGAACUUUGUUUGUUGCUAAACAACAACGAUACUAUCGACUUUUAUUCCUUGGCUGAGACGGCAUGGCGUCAAGAAGCUGCCAGCAGCAUAAACAAGGUGGGUACAAAUUCUUUUGUUUUCGGGUUUCGAUACGAGGCCGAAAAACGUUACUCAGGUCGUUGGCUUUGAAUUAAUUGAUGGGAGUGACCUUGUCAAUUUUUGCCAAAAAAAGCUGUUUUUGUCCGAGACAAAACCGUGAAUCAUCAAAAUUUUGAGUGUUUGACUAUUUUUUUAGAAAUAAUUUGCUAAUACCAUUUGUUUAGUCACAUUUUUUUCAACUUAAGACAUUGAGAAGGCUUUUUUCAACGUUUCUAAUUUUCAGUAACGGUUGAAUUAAUAUUGUCUAGGUCAAAAAUAUUGAGGAAAUUAUAAAGCACUUUCCUGAUUCAAGUUUUAAAAAAAAUGGCGGGAAAAUCGAUGAAUUUUUCUUGAAGUUAUUAAUAUUGGUUGACACGACGCAUUGAAGAAAUAAAUCAGUAUGGCGCUGAAAAAGUUCCUCGCUAAAUUGUGACCUUUUUUCAUUCAAACUUCGGAUUUUGUUUGAUAAUGGGUGUUCACUUUGGAAAAAUUUUUCAGACGGAUUCCUCCGAAGCAGAAAUUUUGAGCAGUUAAGAAAUAUCCAAAAUUUUCAUUUAGACCUUCCUACAGAUUCAAAUAUGUCCAAAACCUUCAUUUAGACCUUCCUACAGAUUCAAAUUUAAAAGAAAUGAAACUUGAAAUAUUCUAACUAGAAUGAUAUAACUUAUCACAAGCUUCUUUUCAGAUCACCUAUGCCUACAUCGCCCCGUUCAUCAUCAUUUUCGGGAUCGUCGGCGACGUCCUUACUGUAGUGACAUUGACUCAUCCUCUUCUCCGGAAGUCCUCGAUCAUCUACACAUAUCUCACACUGCUCGCCAUGACUGAUCUCGUGGGCGAAGUUCAGAGACAAAUGAAAUCAGCUUUUUCUAGCUCACGCAGUUCUCCGUCAUCCCAAUGAUUAUGUGGCUGCUUGACGUCCGGGCUUGUUCCUCUUCUUCGGCCUUCUAUUACGCUCACAUUGGAUUUCCGCUGGUUUGUGAAGUGAUCAGGCUACUUCAAAUCUAUUUCAGGCGAACGCACUGAUGGGCUCUUCCGUUUGGGUUGUCGUCUUUCUCACCCUCUCACAGUACAUGGCCGUGUGCAAACCAUUCGCCUAUGGAUUGAGGUUUUUCUUAAGUAGUCUUUUGAAAGGAUUUUUGGAAGAUCAUAACUUCAAAAUCGGAUUUUUUCGGACUUUGCUUUGUAAAUUGCUGGAUGAAUAACCUUUUCAAGCUUCCUAAAAAUUGCAUCUAAGGUUUGAAGCCGAUAAUUUGUCCCUUACAAAAAAAACUGACUAAACGCUCAAACUAAACCCACUUUUUAUUGAGAGAAAAAGAAGGUUCGGAGUAACAAGCGGUUAGAAACAAUUUGAACUUCAAUUACUCUGUUUUAACAAAUGUUUGAAUGGCUCAAUCAAAAAGAUAUCUUAAUUUGAAAAAAAUGGGAAUUUUCAUCCAAUCACUCAAAUAUCCAAGAUACUGUUUCAAAAAUAAUUUUUUUAAUUUAGUCAGCUUAUUGGAAAAAAACACUCUUCAGUAACAAUUUCCCUAUCCUCUCAGGUCAAGAAAAGUGUGCUUCAUUUUGUUCGGUUUGGCCUACAUGUUCAAUUUCUGCAUUUACGCGCCUUGGGCGGUAAAAAAAGACGUUCACGAUAUUUCGGAAAUGCUGCCACAGGUGAAAAUUCCAAAUUUUGUUUGCUAUGAAAUCUUUUUUCAGCAAUUGAAAGGAGUUAUUUGUCCAUUUGUCGUGUGUGAUGCACCAAGACCUGAUUGGUUUGUGAUCUACGAGACGGCUCGAGAACUCAUUUCGCGUGUUUUCCCGUUUUUCCUGGUGGCUUUUUUGAAUGUCCGCAUUCUCAUAACGUACAGGUUUUGGAAAACUUUGAACGCAAUAUAUUCUUCUCAUUUCAGGAAUACGAAAAAAGACAGAAUGGAACGGUUAGCCAACUCUCAAAAGCGAUUUAUGUACGAGAAAAGCGAAAAGGCAAACAUACAAUUUUUUUUCUCUGAAAAAAGAAUUUCAGGAAGAGAAAAGGCUUUUCAUACUUCUUUUCGCCAUUGUCAUAAUUUUCUUCGUUUGUACCAUCCCAGCCGCUCCUCUAACAAUUUUAGUGGCGGACGCUAAAACUAACAACGUUCCGUUUCAAGUGGGUCAAGAUUCGACAAGAUUUACAAAUUUUUGAAAGUUUUUUUAAGUUUUUCAAAUAUUUUUAUGAUUGAUAGCCUUACGGUAGGAAAAUCAGAUAAAGCGUAGAAAAAUCGUUUUUUCACAUUUUAAGGAGGUUUUUUGAUUCCUGAUUACGCUUUUCAGCUGACUUUAUGAACCUUUCAAAAAAUUGAUGAAAAACCGGUCAUUAAUUUUAACUUUGGUCGCUUUUUCAGUAAAACACAAUUUCCGGAAAAAAAUUACAGGUAUUCCGAGCUAUUGUGAAUCUUUUGGAAUUUACCAAAUUCGCGCUCAAUUUUUAUUUCUACUGUUUGAUCAACCCGGAUAUCCGAAGCAUAUGCGCUCAUGUGAUAACUUGCAAAAAGAUGUCUCGUCCCCCACGUGUCAAAGGACAACCAACCACACCGAUUUCACUGUACACUAGGUUGAACUGAAUUAUUUCAAAAAGAAAUAGACGAAUUUAAGAUCAACGAAAAAUUCCACGAUAAGGGGGCAAGCAGGUUCGAGCAGAAGAAGCAGCGACGAGUGGAACACUAGGAGAGUAGCCGACGAUUCGAGAACUAAUUCUGUGAAAUUAGGGUCAGUUUUGAUUUUUUCCUCUCAGAGAAGAAUGAUCCAAAAAAAAAAUUUUCAAUUUUCGUUUUUGCAGCAGAGAAAGUUCUCGAAAAAGCGCUGGGACUGGAGAAGAUGGCCUCUUGGAAAAGCUGACCGUGAUUAAAGAGAACGAAAGCGUCAACUCCGACACGGGCGAUCGAGUAUAG